AAUGUAAAAGUCCUCAUAGACCAGUUGCCGGAAAUAUUACCGGAGGCUCCGAAGCGAACUUCCGCCCAAAACGCCGCGCCGGAGCAUAAAGUGGGGGAGAACCCCAAGGAACCACCGGGAGCUACGGGGACCCCAUCACUUUCUUACCUUUGUUCUCCAACGUCCGACAAACACCUUCAAUCAACCACCUCAGCUCAAGUCAAUACUCCAGACACAUCGCAAUUAAAGACAUCGCCAAGAUGGAGCACGUCGAGCAACACAUGGCUCACCAAGCCAGCCAAGAAACCGCAUCGCUCUUCACACCCCUCAACCUGAUCCUCCUCAGCGCCGUCCUAUACACAACCUACUCCAUGCUCCGCUCCUCGCCACCUCCAUCCCUCCCCCGCGACACGCCGUCAACCGUCUUCAAAACCUACACUCCACACACUCUUCUCCCCUUCAACGGCGAGGAGGAUCGACCUGUCUUUCUCGCCGUGCGCGGCCGCGUUUUCGACGUCUCGCCGGGUCGUAACUUCUACGGCCCUGGUGGUCCUUAUAGCAACUUUGCCGGUCGCGAUGCGAGUCGAGGUCUUGCGUGUGGUAGUUUUGAUGAAGAUAUGUUAACAAAGGACCUGGAUGGUCCGCUUGAUAAGCUGGAGGGACUCGAUGCGGAGCAGAUGGAGGCGCUGCAGGGUUGGGAGGAGAGGUUCUUGGAGAAGUACAACGUUGUUGGAAAGCUGGUUUCUGUGCAGGACUACGAGGCUCAGAAGGCUUAAGAGAUCAACUUGACCGUCGAGCGAUGCGAUCACGAAGCAUAUCUUGGAGCAAAAGUAACAUGACGGAAUAUAUCAGGGUACAUGAGCGACUCGCAUUCCUUCAUUACUAUAACUAUAACAAAGAAAAAAAACAUCCCAUCUACCCAGUCAGGGCGAUCAGACACAUACCAUCACUCUAUCCCGACUAGUUGCCUCAACAAGUCCUACCCUACCCAAGAAAAGAAAAGCUUAGAAAAGCAGGGUUCCACGUAAACCAAACUCCGUGCAAUGCCUCCUGUACAUUUUUGCGUGAAAGGGCUGCCACGCGGUGUGUCCUGAAUCAGAAACCAA